AGCUGAUUCACCGCAGCGGCGGCGGCGGUAGCGACACCCUGCAGCCCCGGCGGGGAGGCGGCGGCUGGGCUGGGGGUUGCCGUCCCUUAAGUUUCCCCACCCACAGGCUUCUUAGAGACGCCCUGGCCUGGCGCUCCUUCGCCCAGGCGUCUACGGGUGGUCAGACAGACCACACCAGGGCGUGAGAUGAAGCUGUGACAGAUGGGGACGCUGAGACCCAGAGGGAUAACUUUUUCAAGAUUGCACAGAAGGGCCAGGACUUGAGUGCAGUUCUUCUGAUUGUUUGAAAACACAAUGGCAGGAAAUAGCCUUGUUCUACCCAUCGUUCUUUGGGGUCGCAAAGCACCUACACAUUGCAUCUCAGCAGUACUUUUAACAGAUGACGGGGCCACAAUCGUAACCGGGUGCCAUGAUGGACAGAUAUGCCUCUGGGAUCUUUCAGUAGAAUUGGAAGUUAAUCCCCGGGCACUGUUAUUUGGUCAUACAGCUUCAAUCACCUGUUUGUCUAAAGCUUGUGCUUCUAGUGACAAACAAUAUAUUGUGAGUGCAUCUGAAUGUGGAGAGAUGUGUCUCUGGGAUGUGAGUGAUGGCAGAUGUAUUGAAUUUACAAAAUUAGCCUGCACACAUACUGGCAUACAGUUCUAUCAGUUCUCUGUUGGAAAUCAGAGAGAAGGAAGGCUUUUAUGCCAUGGCCAUUAUCCUGAAAUCCUUGUUGUGGAUGCCACCAGCCUUGAGGUGUUAUACUCCUUAGUAUCAAAGAUAUCUCCUGACUGGAUUAGCUCCAUGAGUAUUAUUCCAUCCCACCGAACACAAGAGGACACUGUGGUAGCACUCUCGGUGACGGGCAUCUUGAAGGUGUGGAUUGUUACCUCUGAAAUAAGUGGCAUGCAGGAUACUGAGCCAGUAUUUGAGGAGGAAUCCAAACCAAUUUAUUGUCAGAAUUGCCAGAGCAUCUCCUUUUGUGCAUUCACACAGAGGUCACUUUUGGUUGUGUGCUCCAAAUACUGGCGGGUAUUUGAUGCUGGAGACUACUCCCUGUUGUGUUCAGGCCCCAGUGAAAAUGGACAGGCAUGGACUGGAGGUGACUUUGUAUCAGCAGAUAAAGUAAUCGUUUGGACUGAAAAUGGGCAAAGUUAUAUUUACAAACUACCUGCCAGUUGCCUUCCAGCUAGUGAUUCAUUCCGCAGCGAUGUGGGGAAAGCAGUUGAAAAUUUAAUCCCUCCUGUGCAACAUAGCCUCUUGGAUCGAACAGAUAAAGAGUUGCUCAUUUGUCCUCCUGUUACUCGGUUCUUCUAUGGAGCCAGGGAAUACUUCCAUAAACUAUUAAUUCAGGGGGACUCUUCUGGAAGAUUGAAUAUUUGGAAAAUCCCAGACACACCUGAGAAGCAGGAAGGUGAAGAAGCGAAUAGUAAAUCAGGGCUCGAAAUCACAACUUCUGUUAGUUUGCAAGAAGCAUUUGAUAAGCUCAAUCCUUAUCCAGCUGGGAUUAUAGAUCAGCUGAGUGUGAUCCCCAAUAGUGAUGAACCUCUUAAAGUAACCGCAAGUGUGUACAUACCAGUACAUGGACGUCUUGUUUGUGGCCGCGAAGAUGGGAGCAUCAUUAUUGUACCUGCCACGCAGACAGCCAUAGUACAGCUGCUGCAAGGGGAACACAUGCUCCGAAGAGGUUGGCCACCUCACAGAACACUCCGUGGUCAUCGGAACAAAGUCACAUGUUUGCUAUAUCCUCAUCAGGUCUCAACUCGUUAUGAUCAAAGAUAUCUGGUAUCUGGAGGUGUGGAUUUUUCGGUGAUAAUUUGGGACAUAUUUUCUGGAGAAAUGAAACAUAUCUUCUGUGUGCAUGGUGGCGAGAUUACUCAACUCCUGGUUCCACCUGAAAACUGUAGUGCAAGAGUGCAGCACUGCGUCUGCUCUGUAGCCAGUGACCACUCAGUAGGACUCCUAAGUUUGCGAGAGAAAAAAUGCAUUAUGCUGGCAUCUCGUCAUCUUUUCCCCAUUCAAGUGAUUAAGUGGAGGCCUUCUGAUGAUUACCUAGUAGUGGGAUGUUCAGAUGGUUCUGUGUACGUCUGGCAGAUGGAUACUGGUGCAUUGGAUCGCUGUGUGAUGGGGAUAACGGCCGUGGAGAUACUGAAUGCUUGUGAUGAAGCGGUUCCUGCCGCAGUUGAUUCGCUUAGUCAUCCGGCAGUGAACCUGAAACAAGCCGUGACAAGACGGAGCCUUGCUGCUCUGAAGAAUAUGGCCCAUCAUAAGCUACAAACCCUUGCAACUAACCUCUUGGCUUCUGAGGCAUCUGACAAAGGAAAUUUGCCUAAAUAUUCUCAUAACUCCCUGAUGGUCCAAGCAAUAAAGACAAACCUAACAGACCCGGACAUACAUGUGCUUUUCUUUGAUGUGGAAGCGCUGAUUAUUCAACUCCUGACUGAAGAAGCCUCUAGGCCAAACACCACGCUUAUUUCCCCUGAGAAUUUGCAGAAAGCAUCUGGCAGGGCAGACAAAGGGGGCUCUUUUCUAACUGGAAAACGAGCAGCGGUUCUCUUCCAACAAGUGAAAGAAACCAUCAAAGAGAACAUAAAGGAGCACCUCCUUGACGAGGAAGAGGAGGACGAGGAGACCAUGAGGCAGAGAAGGGAGGAGAGUGAUCCUGAAUAUCGGGCCAGCAAAUCGAAGCCACUGACCCUGUUAGAAUAUAAUUUGACUAUGGACACUGCAAAGUUGUUCAUGUCCUGCCUUCAUGCCUGGGGCUUGAACGAAGUUCUGGACGAAGUUUGUCUCGAUCGCCUUGGAAUGCUGAAGCCCCACUGCCCAGUGUCGUUCGGUCUCUUAUCAAGAGGCGGUCAUAUGUCACUGAUGCUUCCUGGUUAUAAUCGGGCCGCCUGUACACUGCCACACAGGAAAGCGGAAGAAGAAAGGAAGCUUCCAGCAACGGAGGGAGUAGGCAAGGGCACGUAUGGGGUGUCUCGAGCCGUCACCACACAGCAUCUCCUGUCGGUCAUCUCUUUGGCAAAUACCUUGAUGAGUAUGACCAAUGCAACUUUUAUUGGUGAUCAUAUGAAGAAGGCCCCUACCAGGCCACCUAGACCAAGCACCCCAGACCUUUCUAAGGCCCGGGGUUCCCCUCCAACUUCCAGAAAUAUUGUGCAAGGACAAAUUAAACAAGUUCCUGCACCUGUCAUUUCCGCUCGGUCUGAUGCUGAUCACUCUGGCUCUGACCCCACUUCUACUCCUGCUUUCCAUUCCUGUUUCUUAGUAAAUGAAGGCUGGAGUCAGCUGGCUGCGAUGCAUUGUGUGAUGCUGCCAGAUCUGCUGGGACUGGACAAGUUUCGGCCUCCGCUUCUAGAGAUGCUCGCUCGGAGAUGGCAGGAUCGAUGCUUGGAGGUCAGAGAAGCCGCGCAGGCCCUGCUUCUGGCCGAGCUGCGAAGGAUUGAGCAGGCGGGCCGGAAGGAAGCCAUCGAUGCCUGGGCUCCGUAUUUACCUCAGUACAUGGACCACGUCAUGUCACCCGGAGUCUCAGCGGAAGCCAUGCAGACCAUCACCACUGCUCCCGACACCGCCUCGGGGCCCGAAGCCAAAGUCCAGGAGGACGAGCAUGACCUUGCAGAAGAUGACAUCACAACUGGUUGCUUACCAAGUGUCCCACAAGUGAAAAAAAUUUCCACAUCUUAUGAGGAAAGACGGAAACAAGCUACUGCUAUCGUGUUACUGGGAGUCAUAGGAGCUGAAUUUGGUGCUGAAAUUGAACCUCCUAAACUGUUGACCAGACCUCGAAGCUCUAGUCAGAUUCCUGAGGGAUUCGGUUUGACUACUGGUGGAUCCAACUACUCACUGGCCAGACAUACUUGCAAAGCACUGACGUUUCUUCUGCUCCAGCCGCCGAGCCCCAAGCUUCCUCCGCACAGUACCAUCCGGAGAACAGCCAUCGAUCUGAUUGGACGCGGGUUCACCGUGUGGGAGCCUUACAUGGAUGUGUCUGCCGUCCUCAUGGGGCUGCUGGAACUCUGUGCUGACGCUGAGAAGCAGCUGGCCAACAUCACAAUGGGGCUGCCUCUGAGCCCAGCAGCUGACUCCACCCGCUUGGCCAGGCAUGCCCUCUCCCUUAUUGCCACUGCCAGACCACCCGCCUUCCUCACCACCAUAGCCAAAGAGGUCCACAGACACACUGCUCUGGCCGCGAACACCCAGUCGCAGCAGAAUAUACACACGACCGCUCUCGCACAAGCUAAAGGGGAAAUUCUGAGAGUCAUUGAAAUUCUCAUUGAAAAGAUGCCCACAGAUGUUGUGGAUCUUCUUGUGGAGGUGAUGGACAUCAUUAUGUACUGCCUCGAAGGAUCUCUAGUUAAAAAGAAAGGUCUUCAGGAGUGUUUCCCAGCCAUCUGCAGGUUCUACAUGGUCAGCUACUAUGAGCGGAGUCACAGGAUAGCAGUGGGAGCUCGCAAUGGUUCAGUGGCCCUGUACGACAUCCGGACUGGAAAAUGUCAGACAAUCCACGGACACAAGGGCCCGAUCACUGCAGUGGCCUUCGCUCCUGAUGGGCGCUAUCUUGCCACCUACUCGAACACUGACAGCCACAUUUCCUUCUGGCAGAUGAACACCUCACUGCUGGGAAGCAUCGGCAUGCUCAACUCGGCACCCCAGCUGCGCUGUAUUAAAACCUACCAGGUGCCCCCUGUGCAGCCGGCCUCCCCCGGCCCCCACAACGCCCUCCGGCUAGCCCGGCUCAUCUGGACGUCCAACCGCAACAUCAUCCUGAUGGCCCACGACGGGAAGGAGCACCGCUUCAUGGUCUGAGGCUGGCGCUGCCCGUGCCUGCUCUCGCGCACGCAGUUCUCUAAGCCCAGAUCCCUCUGUCCUUAUGCUGGGUCCCUCCUCAGUGCUGCCCACCCAGGGGCAUCGGGGGCGCGGCCUGGUCUGUGUCACUUCUGCAUGGUCUGGGGCAUUCGCCUGCGCGGGCACCUAUUGAUUCAGAGGCAUGCACACGCCGCUCUGCAGGAUGUGGCCUUCCGUCACAGGUCAAGUCUCCCUGCUGGAGAGGGAAGGAGGCGGGUCCCUGGGCACACUCCUUGGCUGGCUGCACCGGAAGCCCGAAAGUCAGCGAACACUGAUCGCCGCCCAGCCCAAUCAGCUGUCCCUCGAGCUGCACCCCCUUUUCUGAAAUGCUGCUGGGGCCGGUCAUGCUGGCACUGGGUUUUGAGGUAACGUGGCCGUCCUAAUUGUCAAAAUUAUUUUCCUUUGGAUUUCCUAAAACACAUUAUUGUCUACCACAAAGAUUCUGUGUUUACAUGGGUUUUUUUUUUCCUUCAGCUGAUUGUUAGGAAAUUGCUAAUCCAACUACCUAGGGUUUAACCACUAUCUUCGUUAUUAAUACCUAACUGAUUUGGGAUUAAUGAGAAAAUAUACCAAACAAAAAAAUUUUCCCCCGGUGGAGAAUACAGUUUCCCAGACACAUAGCCUUCUAAAAUGCUCACAUCCUGCUUAAGUGAUGGCGUAUUUAGUAGUUUAAAACAAAAUCAUCUCUUGAUGAUCUAGUUAAUAUAAUUAUCCGGUGACUAUAACAAAUCUCUUAAACGGACUUUUACAAAAAAGAAUAAGUUUAGAAGCAUAACAUAUACCUAAAAAGAAGACGCUGUGUCAGUGGCUGCAGAUGUUCAAGUCAGAGCUUGCCCUUCCUUCCAGAAACUUCACAGACCUGCAGUUCCCAGGUGUACGGCUUAGGUCAGUUAUCACGUAAUCGUUCAGCCUUCAAACUGCUACUGACCAACUGCAGACAAAUAAAGACAGCGUUUCUUUAAACAAGUAUCCUAGAAAAUUAGGGACAGUGGGGCAAGCACCCGGGCAUCUGUAUGGGGACAGGGCUCGGUCAGCCUGAGCGACAUUGCGGUGAGAGCUCACCGCCCUCUGACGGCGGCUUUCCCAGCUGCUCUCACCUCGCACGUCACAUUCUGCGGCUCUGGCUCACAGUGAUGGGGGGAAUCCAUCAAAUAAUAUUCUGUAUGAAUCGCUCCUGACAAACCUCGAUCUGUAUAUAGUUGGGGAUUUGGUUGGUUGGUUGGUUAGUUGAGUAAAAUGGGGGUGUUAAUGCAGAAAUAGAAAAUGAUUUAUGAAAUUCAGAGAAAAUAUACGAAGUUUACAGAGGAACCGAAAUCAUAAUGGGAGCAUUUAAUUUAAAAGGUGUAGAUGUCCGGGUUCAUGUAAUAUCCAAAAGAGUAAGACCAUAGUCCGGGAACAAAUAUAUCUGUAACUUUCUUGAAACAGAUUUUUAAAGACCCUGUUAAGAAACUAAGACCAUUAGCCCUCUCUCCCCUAUUGAUGUGAAGUAUGUUAUUUCCACUGAUGGCAAACCUGUACUAUCCCUUGGUUGUAGACUUUGGGUGUUCUUUCACAGGUGAAUUUAUGACACAUGCAUGUACAUUGUACUUAUAAAGAUAAGAAAUGUAGUUUCCAGGAAGAAACCACGAACUAUGCAGUGUAGACUUUGUUUGCUGGACAUGCUGUUGUGUUCGAUGUAGGUAGAGAAGCCGAGGUAAAUGGUUGUCCCCGAGGGCUCGAGUCCUCUCGGGCCCCAGCACCUGUCUCCUGUGUGAACUGCACUGGGGGUACAUUCAUUCUGGACCGCACGGCUGUUUUGGAAUGCUGAUGUGGAAGGGUACCUUGGAGAUUUCUUGAAACAAAAUGUUCAGUGCAUCCGAGAAAGGUGUGAGGCUGCUAGGCAGGCCCCCGCAUGCACGGAUGGACGGCACACGCCACGGACAUUUAGAACAACACCGUGAGGCCCACAGGAGCCAGACACCUGGGCAGCUCGGCCAGCCUGUCCCGCGUUGUCUGCAGAUAGCCGAAGUUAUUGGCCAGUAGAAUAUUUUGAUUACAAAACUCUGGGGUGGAUGAUGGGUGAUGGUUAGACAGAUAUCUCUCACUGCUGAACUAAUAUUUGCAUUCUUGUUAACACACAUCUUUCCUUGGCUAUUUUGACAACCACAGUCCACACUUCACCACAGCUUAGGUUUCUCAGCGCCGAGGUAAACUUCGUAUUGUCAUGCCAGUGUAUGCUUUCGGUGUUUUAUUACUUUCCUAGGCACUGUAUUUGGACCUUUCCUUGUUAAUGUAGAGGCACAUGUGGCCUCUCUGAUCAUUUACAAGCGGAAGAUGACAUGAUGCCAUGCCUGUGUGGGAAAGUACUGCCUGGACUCACCAUGUCCAGCGAGUGGAUUAAAUGUCUGCCUCCCAAGACAGCUCUGGAUGACUCCACUUAGUAGAUUCUAUAUGUGCCGGGUGUUCCUCUGUACAUAUGUGUGUUAAAUAAAGCUGGAUUGUACUGAAGAUUGUUUUUCCCAUUAAAACCAUUAUUCACUCUUAAA